GUUUACUACUUCAAAAGCAGUACCUCUCCUUCACCACAGGGGGCGUUCUCUCUCAACGGCUACAACAGAGUGAUGAGGGCAGCAGAGGAGACGACGUCCAGCAACGUUUUUCCCUUUAAAAUCGUCCAUUUCAGUAAGAAACACAGAACGUGGUAUUUUUCUGCAGCCAGCGAAGACGAGCGAAGGAAAUGGAUGCGAUAUCUGCGAAGGGAAAUAGAUCAUUAUAACGACAGAAAAGAGGCCCAAAUUUCAAGUGACUCCGACUCAGACGCAGAUUUUUAUGGCACCAUAGAGAGACCCAUGGAAAUUAAACACGCUGUUGAAACAGCAGAGGAUGAUUAYGUUGAUGAGGAUGAUGAUGAAGAAGAUGAGGAAGACUAUCUGAAGCCAGACGGUGAUGGCUCACCAACAWCUGCAGGUAGAAACAUCUGUACGUCUUGCAAUGAGGGCUGGACGAUACGGCUGGACAUCACAAUUCAUAUCAGUAUGCAAUGGAUCUGCUUCUCUAACGAGCGUUUUCUUGUCAGAAGAGCAUCUCCAGAUGGGCAGAGUUUCCGUUUGCUGGGAGAGGAGAUUCCUGCUGAUAUCAGGAAGAAACCAAAGUCUUCCAAACACGGACACGACUCCGAUGACGACUACGAGAACGUAAGCAACCUGCAGAUAACACUGAGCAGCUUUUGGGCCUUUAGUCUCAGUUUUGUGCUGGUGGUUUGGGACGUCGCUAUAAACAAGGCCAGAAACUACAGGCUGUUUGAAGAGGAUGACAGCAUAUUUCUGGAGAGCGACCUGACCUUCCCCCACCUGGCGGCGCUGGUUGAACACUACUACAACCAUCCUCUUCCUCACCACGGCUCGCUGUGCCUGCAGAAGCCUUACGCCAAAGUCCUGAGCUCCUGAGACCAAACAUGCAGCUGGAGACGCGUCUUCAAACGGAUUCAAAACARACUGAGCUCAAAAUCACCCAGAGGAGGAUGAAAAAACCGGCUGGAAAUCAGAACCGCUUGAUGGUUGUGACGCAUUUUGGCCACCAGGAGGCGACAAAUGACAACAUAAAGCARCAGAUUCCGGAAAUACAGCCUAGAUGCAUAAACAUAUCACUCAAUAUAACUAUAAAUAUUUAUUUCUGUAUCAUUUUUCAAAGUAGAUUCAGAAGUUAAAGCCUAUGAUGAGUAUUUCUGUGUAAAUAUGGCUGCGUCACAUGACACAUAAUGACUUUAAACAAGCCAAACGGACAAAAUUAAAAGCUAAAAGUCGCAUCCUGAACCUUCCUUGACACGAGAAAACAGGAAGUUACAACUUGAACAUGAACAGAGGCGGAAAACGUCCUUUUCAAAUCA